AACUUUGUUUAUUCAAAAUGAUUUGUAUAAGAUAUUAAGAAAAUGUAAAAGAGAGAAACAUGUGCAGCUAAAUGAAGUAAUUUUAUAUAUAAGAGCGAACACGGGAAACAAUACAUAAUAUAAUAUAAUUAUGCAUUAAUUGUGUAGUAGUAUACUUGUGUAUAAAUAAAUAUGUAUACAAUGUGGAGGGAGAAAGGAGUCUGUAUGUGCUAAUUUAUCAUGGCAUCUGGUAACUUAACCUACAAGUGACAGUCACCGGACACCUGCCCAACGGUUCGGUUAUAUACAUUCCUUUUAUAUAUUAAAUUGACAAAAUUACGAUUUAAUGUACGUUUGAAACUUGAUUAGCAUUCUCACUUACCACCAUGUCUAUUCGUCGAAGAACUGAUCCAUUUAUGACACAAAGAAUAUGGGAUGCUAUCAAAAUAACUGUACAUCAAAGAAGUUUACCAAGUAAUGACCGUAUGGUACGACACCUAUCUAGGGUUUAUGGAAUAACAGAACAAGAAGCACAGGAAGAACUAAAUAAAGCAGUUGAUGAUGGACUUGUUUAUUUGAAAAAAGUACCAACAAAGAGUGGUAUAGAACAAGAAAGUUAUAGAUUACCAGGAGAAACGGUAGACAAUGAUGAUCAUGACUGGUAUUGUUGUAAAUGCCAAAAAGCAGGAGUAGUGGAAUGUUGUCAACAGUGUCACAGAGUUUAUCACCCUGAAUGUCAUGUGCCUAGUAAUAUUAAGUUAAAAAUAUGUCAUUUUUGUGAGAGUAUAAAUAAUGAUACCUACCCAGAUAAGAUGGAUCUUAAUCACAUUUUGAGCUUCACUUGUGGACAUUUGAAAGCAAAAUUACCACCAGAAAUUACAAAUCGUACCAUUGUUUUUAACCAUGAUCCUAUUAUUAUGCCAAAUAAUAAAUAUUCAGGUCCAACAUGGGUCAGUGAAGGUGAAGAUGCAUGGAGGCCAAAUAUUCUUAUAAAACACCAUAUGGACUUGGCAAUAAUGGAUUCAAACAUCAAAAAGAAUGGAUAUAAUAACCUUGCUGAGUUUCAAGCAGAUGCACAUAAUAUUUUACAUAAUAUUAUUAUAUAUCAUGGAGCUCAUAGCAUAAUUGGAGAAAUGGGUCUAACAAUGUAUCAAGAUUGCUGCUACGAUCUUCAGGAGAUUCGCCGAUGUGCUGACUGCUACAGGAUAUCCAAUGAAAAAUCAGAAAAGAUGUGGUUUUGCAUACCAUGUAAUCCACCACAUCAGUUAGUUUAUGCUAAGCAAAAGGGGUACCCGUACUGGCCAGCUAAGGUGAUGCAAGUUAAUGGCAACAUUUAUGAUGUCCGUUUUUUCGGGGGUCAUCACAUGCGUGCCAACAUCGAAAAAGUGUUCAUUCGUCCAAUUACCUCCAGUCUACAAAGUUUACAGCCUUCGGAAAAAGGAAAGUGGAAAGAAAUGAAGAUAAAAAGAUCCACUGCUUGGAACAGAGCAUUUGAAGAACUGAAGCUUCAUCAAAAUUUGCUGCAAAAGAUGGGCAAGAACAUCAAGGAUUUAGACAUCAGCGACGAUAACGAGGGUCCAAAACCGACCAAAAUUCGAAACGUAGAAUCAGUUUCAAAGAAUUCAACGAAUAGUUUUAAUCCCGCGAAACAACUUUUUAAAGAUUUAAGAGUGAAAGUUGAACGUCUCAGUUCAGAUAGUCACAAUGAUAUAAUAGCAACUCAAGAAACAGUAGAUAAUAAUGAUCGAUCUACGAUUAAAGCUAAAAGUGAAGAACGACAAGUACCUUGCUUACCAGUAGCAGAAGAUGAACCAGCAAGAGGAAUAUCCAGUACCUGUCCUCAAGGCUUGAAAAAGGAAGGCUCUCAAGAGGAUAUGGUUACAUCAAGUUCUCAAGAACCAAGAACUAAAUGUGUUCUGGUACAAACAGAACAAAUACAAACAGAACCGAUACCUGCGAAGAUAAAAAGGGAACGCAGAACAUCAGAACAACCGACUACAACAGCAGUAGAAAAACUACGUCGUGAAUUAGAGUUAGAAAAAUGCAAGGAAUUGGAAAAAUUACAAGCUGAACAUGCUAAAGAAUUACGACAAUUAACAGACAGACAUCAACAAAUGAUAUCAGAAAUAAAGAAGAAACAAUGGUGUUACAAUUGUGAAGCUGAAGCAAUAUACCAUUGCUGUUGGAAUACUGCAUACUGUAGUACUGAUUGCCAGCAAGUGCACUGGCAGCGGGAACAUAAAAGAGUUUGUCGACGUAAACGUUAAUUUUCAGUGGAUGCAAUACAUAUAAUAAUCCAAUAAUAAGUCUGUAAGAAUACAAGUAAAGCUACUGUGUUUGUAAAAAAAGAUACCUUGUAGAAGCACGUUAAUAUAUUCUUGACAGUAAAGUGACA